CCACAUACCGCCAACAUGGGUAAAAUUAAGAAGAGAGGAACCUCCGGCAAUGCCAAAAACUACAUCACCCGUUCGCAGGCAGUGCGAAAGCUUCAGAUCUCGUUGCCCGACUUCCGACGACUAUGUAUCUUCAAGGGAAUCUACCCUCGCGAGCCACGAUCGAAGAAACGAGUCUCGAAAUCGUCCACGCCGAGUACCACCUACUACUACACCAAAGACAUCUCCUACCUCCUCCACGAACCUCUGCUCGCAAAGUUCCGCGACCAAAAAGCACUCGCAAAGAAGAUCAGCAAGGCUUUGGGCAGGAAUGAAGUUGGCGACGCUUCGCGCCUCGAGCGCAAUCUGACACCGCGCAUGCGACUGGACCACAUCAUCAAAGAGCGAUACCCGACAUUCGUAGAUGCGCUGCGAGAUCUUGACGAUGCGUUGUCAAUGCUGUUCCUGUUCGCCAACCUUCCGAGCACUGCAGACGUCCCGCCGAAGGUCAUUGCGAAAUGCCAGCGACUGACGAUGGAGUUCGAGCACUACUUGAUCCGCACGCAUAGCAUGCGGAAGUCCUUCCUUUCCAUCAAGGGAAUCUACUACCAGGCGACGAUUCAAGGCCAGGACAUUCUAUGGUUAGUGCCAUACAAGUUCGUGCAGAGAACGGCUGGCGACGUCGAUUUCCGCAUCAUGGCCACAUUCGUCGAGUUCUACACUACACUUCUGGGCUUCGUCAACUACCGAUUAUACACGGGACUUGGUCUCGUGUACCCUCCGAAAUUUGACCUCAAGAGUGAAGAGCAAGGAGCUGAGCUGGGAGCAUUCCAAUUGGAGUCGAAGGAUGGAGGGGAGGUGGCACAAAUCGAGGAGAUGCCAGAUGCAGAGACAAAUGAGCGCGCACAGGCGGAGGCCGACAAACUUCUCACAUCCGCUGCUGAGGAGGAGAAUGGCUCGGACUCCAAGAGCUCUACUACACUGGAUGGGGAUGUUGCAUCAGCCACCGUUUUAGAUCAGUUCGCCUCGAUCGACCCGAACGCGGACACGCUCCUCCAACCCUCGAACACCGCGGAUGCCGCUUCCGCCGCCCAACUUUUCGAACCCUUCACCUUCUACCUCUCCCGCGAAACUCCACUCCACCCUAUUGAAUUUCUCCUCAAGUCGUUUGGCUGCAAGCGUGUCGGCUGGGAUGCUCUUCUUGGCGAGGCCGGAUCGUACUGCGCAGAAGACGACUCGCGCAUCACACAUCAAAUUGUCGAUCGACCAGAUCUGCCUCUGCCAUCGCCGCCAGCUACCGACGGUGGCGAGGACGAUGGUCUCGACGAUGGAUUCGACGAUGGCGCGCCACCGAAGAAAGUCAACGAGCGUGUUCCCGGCAGAAUCUACGUGCAGCCGCAGUGGGUGUGGGACUCGAUCAAUGCUGGCAAGUUGCAGCGACCAGAUCUUUAUGCUCCGGGCGCGACGCUCCCUCCCCAUCUUAGUCCCUGGGUCAAGGCGAAGAGAGGAGAGUACGACCCAACGGUGCCUCUUGCAGAGCAAGAGACUGCUGCAGAGGCUGAGAUGGAGGAGAUUGGAUCCGACGAAGAGGAGGAUGACGAGGAGGAAGAGGAGGAAGAUGAUGAGGCGGACACCACUGCCGAUCCCAAAGCUCUUUCUGACAGCCUUCACAAUCGGUCAGUGGCGCAAGGCGAGGGAAUGGACGUUGCUCUCGGUGAUGACGAUUCGGCCGAGGACGAUGAGGAUGAAGAAGACGAUGCCGUGGACGAUGAUGCAUGGGAUGGCAUCGAUGAGGACGUUGCGCCUCUGACUGCCUCGCAACGUGCGGCCCUGGCCCAUCAAGCCGAACUCGAGGCAGAGGCUCUUGGCAAGCCUGUUGUCGCAGCAGAGCCUCCCACCAAGACGUCGCUCAAGGCAGCGGCAUCUGCUUCGAGAAAGGCCAAGGACAAGGCUGAGAAGGAGGAUGUUGAGCGAAGAAAGAUGAUGAUGUCAAGAAGGAAGAGGAAGAUGUACGAGAAGAUGGUGUACUCGAAUGAGGCGAAGGAUGUGGAGGCGGAGAAGCUGAGAGGAAAGAGGAGAAAGUUGGAGAAGGAGGUCGCGGCGAAGAAGGCUUAG